GUUGCGCCAGUGAUUAGAGUUAUCUCCCUUGCUGAUUGUUUUCUUUCGAAUUCGAAUUCGUCUUUUCGGCUUUCUCUCGAAUAAUCUGCACGGGUGACAUCGGUUAACGGAAGUUUCUCAACUCCCUCCAAUACGCUUCUGAAACCCAACUGUGAGUGUAUUUAAUAACUAUGAGCCCUCAUUUAAUGUCUGGAUUCUUUGACGGGUGAAAUUACGAUCCAUUUAGCAGUAUCAACGCAGAAAUCGCUCUCUGUGUACAUAUCUAUCUAUCUGCUUAUCUAUCUAUCUAUCUAUCUAUCUAUCUAUCUAUCUAUCUAUCUACCUAUCUAUCUAUCUGUCUGUCUGCCUGCGUAUGCUGAGACUUUGACAUUAAAUUACUAAACUAAAUACUUUACCUAUCGUCUUGGCGACGUCUAAUGUUGAUAUCGGUGUUUAAACAAUCGUUUGACAGUUAAGCCAUGGAGAAAAUAGCGAAUGACAUCAGACUUUUAUUUGACAGAAAAGCUGUUGAUUUGGCGAGCAAGGAGCCCGAUAUAAUUCGUACAAGCAGCCAGUAUGUCCCUGUGGUGAAAAAAACUGUAGGCUACAUAGUAUGUGGAAUAAUUUUUGAUAAGUUAAAUCAAGUUCUUAUGAUGCAAGAAGCUAAAUCUUCAUGCUUUGGAACUUGGUAUGCACCUGCUGGUAGGGUGGAACCUGGAGAAAACUUGACUGAUGCUGUGAAAAGAGAGGUUUUGGAAGAGACAGGCUUGUUGUUUAAUCCUCUUACCCUUAUCUGUGUUGAAUUUGGUUCUGGUCGUUGGUACCGGUUUACAUUUACAGGGAAAACUGUUGGAGGUUCUUUAAAAGAUUCUUCUCAGAGUGACAGUGAAUCUCUGCAGGCAAAAUGGAUUUCAUAUAGCGACAUCAAAACUGGCAAAAUUAGGUUGCGGUCAAAGGACAUCCUUCCUCUACUAGAAUUGGGGUUGCAGUACAAGAAACGUAGCCCUGAAAGUUGUCAUGGUGAUUGCCUUCCUGUUCAGAUACCCCACAAACGUUUACUUCUAAGAAUGGUAAUUGCAGUGAAGACAGACAGUGAUGUGAAGUUAUUGGUGAAGUUAAAUACACUUCCAUAUCUCCCUGUCACUGAUAUUGCUCCUGAUGACUGGUCUCUCUUGAUGUCUGUAUUUUUUCUUCUAAGAGAUGCUUUUGGUCAACAUAGUAUGGAACCUAAAAUCUGUGGAAUUUUAUCUGUGGAACAUUGUGGUCUACCAGCAGCUGUUAAUGAUGGCAUUUGUUUAACAUGUGUGUUUUCUUUGAAUUCAUCUGAUGAGGAGCAACUGAACAAAUUUGUCAACCAGAACUACCAAUGGUAUUCUGUCAGGGAUCUUGAACUUAAGAAUCUACUCCUUCGUUCUUUAACACCAGGAAUGUCUGUGCCACUUAUUGAUCUCCAUUCUUACUAAAUAGCGCUAUUAUCUGCCAUCUGUUCCCUACUGCAGUUAGGGUAACUCACAAGCAAGUCUCACAUUACCCACAACAAAGUUUAAUUCAUGUUUGAUAAUCUUCUGGAAUUUGUCAACACAUUCACUUGCUGCACAAUUAAGAGGAUUGGAAGUUCACACAGAAAGAAUAGAUUCAAACUUAAAGCAAAGUGACAAGUCAUUUUGAUUACAGAAUGGAAAAAAAGAAUAUCAAGGAAUUCAGUGAUAAACAACAAAUACUAAUUUUAUUUUCAUGUCCACACCAAUGAACAUGUUGGACAGUUUGACAUAAAGAUGAUGAUGAGCCAGACGGUUCUGCUGAGCUCCAAUGUCUGCUUUGGCUUGGUUUCUAUGGUUGGAUGCCCCUCUCAAUACAAACUACUUCAUAUAUAUAUUCCUUAAUUAUCUGUGAAGCUACAUUGACUCAAGCACCCAUCAAACUUAGAUCAAUGUUGUCAAGAAACUUAAGGCCCCUUAUGUAUAUAUAAAUGUAUGUAUAUCCUCUAAUUUGAGUAUUGAGUUGUAUUUCUCUUAUUUGUGACCAAACUUAUGUCAGCAAUGGAAUAUAAUCCAGUAUUAGAAAAUCCCUGGAAAAACCAGUAUUUUUUGUGUGAUUUGUACUCCACCAACUUACUAAACAUUCCCUAAUCACUGUUGCCCCAUUAGAGAGACUAUGACACUGUGAGUUGUCAAUUGUGACAUAAAGAAAAUAAAGAAAUAAUUACCCAAAGUAACAUAAUAAAAUAGUUUUGUUUGGAACACUGAAGUGUUUUAAAUAACAGAAAUACAAAAAUUAAACAUCAUUCUAAAAAUGGCUGUGACAUGUAAAAGUCAUAGUAUCAGUUCCAACUCUGUUUGUCCUGAGUUUGUUUUUCAUCUCUUUUUGGUUAAUAAAGUAACAAUUGCUGGAACUAAUUUCCCCUCCCCAACUCAGAAAAUAUUUCCAUUUAAGGCUCAAGAAAGGAGCAUUUACAACACAGCCCCUUUCACCCUGCUAUUACAUUUUAAAUUUAACAAGGAAGACAAACUAUUAGGCAAAUGAAAAUCUCAAUUAUUUCAAUGAAUGAAACUAGUGCAUAGCUUUAUAUGGAAGUUCUGUUCAAAAUUAUAUCUAAUUAUUUAAAUUAAUUAACAAGUUAUCACUGAUGCACCCACCCACCUUUAUAUAAUUCACCUUGCUAACUCUUUCUUGUUGCAAAUCAUUUUGAGCUUUUUUUUCUGUGUUCAACAACAGAAACAUGAAUGCAAGUUUUGUUUUGUUUUACAAUAUUUUAAUGGCUGUGCUUAAUAUUUAAAUAGUUUUUUUUUAAUUAAAAAACAAAUAUAAUUUCAUUAGAAAUUGUUUAUUAAUUAAAAGUUUUUGUGAUAAUCACCAAAGUGUCGAAUAUCAUAAGAAUUUAAAAGGAGUUAAGGAAAAAGUAUAUAUGCUACUCAUUCAACAACAUAUUUUAUAGGUAGGUCCCUCAUCUCUGAGCCCUAGUUUUUCUUUUUUUGUACAUUGUAAGUUCUCAGUAAAGAGAAUGAAUUUAAAUCGCUAAUUUUUAAUUUAUUUAUGAAUGAAAACUAGUAACUAAAUAUUGGUUGUAACUAGUUCUUAUUCCAGAUAAUCAUUUGUAAUGCUACAUCAUAUGUCAAAGUGUUUUAUUGUUCUGAUAUGUUUAUAAUAUUUUAUUUAUUUUGCUCAUGAAAUCUGUUAAUUAAAUUAACCUUUCCCAUCA